CUCGUCACUAGUCACAGCGCGGAGCGUGCGACGUUUGGGCGACCAUUUCCCAUUCCACAUUUCGUUCAAACAUACUAUUUUUUUCUUUUUCGUUUCGCUUCUUUUUGCUCGUGUGCUUGUGCCUUUGGCGCUACUGUGAUUUUUUAUUUUUUUUAUUUUGUGUUGUGCUGUGUUGUGUUAUUACUACUAUUAUUAUUACUAUUAUUAUUAUUAUUUUUGUGACUGCGUUUUUAGCAGCGCUCGACUCUUAGCAGGCACUUGUCUCAGUAUCGCGGCGGACAAGCAGCGACGAGCAACCACAGCAUCCGUAUUCACAUACAAAAAAUAAAAAAUAAAAAAAGCGAAAGAACUAAAAAAUAGUCAAUACACAGACAUAUACAUAUAUAAAUACAUACAUGCUUUAAGCAACGAGUCGAAUCGUUGUCCCAUUUCCCGUCGCAUCCGUCGCCGUGUGUGCUCGUGUUUGUCUCAGUGUGUGGGUGUGUGUGUGUAAUAAAUACGUUUUUAUUUAUUUUUUUAUUGUUGUUCGGAACUAGUAGUUACUAGUAUUGAGUGUGUGCUCCACCUCAAUGGAGGUGCUUAAAAAAGACGCCGCAAUGGGCUCGCCCAGCAGCGUCUUCUAUCUGCUGCUGCUGCCCACAUUGGUUCUCUGGUACAUCUAUUGGAGAUUGUCUCGCGCCCAUCUCAACAAGCUGGCGGCGCGUCUGCCGGGUCCGCGAGGUCUGCCCAUUGUGGGCCAUCUAUUCGAUGUGAUUGGACCCGCUUCGUCUGUUUUCAAAACAGUCAUACGCAAGAGCACACCAUUUGAACACAUUGCAAAAAUGUGGAUCGGGCCCAAGCUGGUGGUGUUCAUCUAUGAUCCACGCGAUGUUGAGCUGCUCCUCAGCAGCCAUGUCUACAUUGACAAGGCAUCCGAGUACAAGUUCUUCAAGCCCUGGCUCGGUGAUGGUCUUCUUAUAAGCACAGGUCAAAAGUGGCGGGCUCAUCGGAAAUUGAUCGCACCCACAUUCCAUUUGAAUGUCUUAAAGAGUUUUAUUGAGUUGUUUAACGAGAACUCUCGCAAUGUGGUGCGGAAACUGCGUGCGGAGGAUGGACGCACAUUUGAUUGUCAUGAUUACAUGAGUGAGGCAACUGUGGAGAUUCUAUUGGAGACCGCAAUGGGAGUGUCGAAGAAGACACAGGAUAAGUCCGGCUUCGAGUAUGCAAUGGCCGUGAUGCGGAUGUGCGAUAUACUACAUGCACGCCAUCGGAGCAUCUUUCUGCGCAACGAGUUUAUCUUCACACUGACCCGCUACUACAAGGAGCAGGGACGAUUACUCAACAUCAUUCACGGCCUCACCACCAAGGUCAUACGCAGCAAGAAGGCUGCCUUCGAACAGGGCACCCGCGGCUCUCUCGCACAGAACGAGCUGAAGGCGGCAGCGUUAGAGCAGGAUCAGCGUGAGCAGCAGCAACAGGCGCCAGUUGUCAAGCCUGAGCCGGCUAUCCCUUUCGCCGGCCUCUCCUAUGGCCAAUCAGCUGGCCUCAAGGACGAUCUGGAUGUGGAGGACAACGACAUAGGCGAGAAGAAACGUUUGGCCUUCCUCGACUUGAUGCUGGAGAGUGCACAAAGCGGUGCACUUAUCACGGACACCGAAAUCAAGGAGCAGGUGGACACGAUUAUGUUCGAAGGACAUGACACGACGGCAGCCGGUUCGUCAUUCUUUUUGUCACUUAUGGGAAUACACCAGGAUAUACAAGAUCGCGUAAUUGCCGAACUGGAUGGCAUAUUUGGUGACUCGCAGCGGCCGGCCUCAUUUCAGGAUACGCUGGAAAUGAAAUAUCUGGAACGGUGCCUAAUGGAAACGCUGCGCAUGUUCCCCCCAGUGCCGCUUAUAGCACGCGAGCUACAGGAGGAUCUGAAAUUGAACUCGGGACCCUAUGUUAUACCGCGCGGCGCCACUGUGACUGUGGCCACCAUAUUGCUGCAUCGCAACCCUAAGGUCUACGCCAAUCCCAAUGUCUUCGAUCCGGACAACUUUUUGCCCGAACGCCAGGCGAAUCGACAUUACUAUGCAUUUGUACCCUUCUCCGCAGGACCCCGCAGCUGUGUGGGUCGCAAGUAUGCAAUGUUGAAACUAAAGAUCCUGUUGUCGACCAUAAUGCGCAACUAUCGUGUCUACUCGGACCUCAGUGAAUCGGAUUUCAGGCUGCAGGCGGACAUCAUACUGAAGCGGGAGGAGGGCUUCCGCGUGCGCCUCCAGCCGCGACAGGCGGGACAGGCGACAACGGCAGCAUCAUAAACUUAUGCACACACCUUCUUUCUUCGCAAGUGAUAGUCCCGGUCUAUAAAGUAAUACUACAUAUACAUAAUAAUACAACAAACCAAACCAAACAGGAAGCUCACAUCAACACACUACUCUAAUUUGAUAAUGAUGUAUUUAUCGUAGCAAUUUUUAAGCGCUGCAUUUAACACUUAACAACAAACCACACACAGACACUCAAACAACAUCACCAACAACAAAUAUUAAUUAUUUCCUCUUUUUUUUGUGUAUUUAAUUAUUAUAUGUAUAAUGUUUUGACAAUAUAUUUGGUGUAAUAUU